CAACACUUGUUUCCUUCUUGUCUCGCCUCUCUUCUCUUCUCAUGCCUAUGACCCGCCCUCUUUCUUUCUCCACUCUCCUUGCCUCUUCCCUUCCUGCUGCUCUUUCCCUUUCUGCCUUCCCAUCGGUUCCCAUCUUUCCAAAUCCUUCCCCAUCCCUUCCCAUCUCCUCGAAUCUUUCCCCUGA